AUGUCGACCGCCGUUUGGGAUCCCGACACUAUCCUCCAGAUAGACGAGGGCUCAGGGCUAGGCAUCUUCUACGUUGGCCUGGAGCCCUCCAACUACGACAGUCGCUGUCGGUUGGUUAUCCCGCAGGAUAGGUCUAAUGCCAUUCUCUGUUUGUUAGACAGCCUAUCCAUAAAACUGCCACAUGACGUGACCAAAAGGGAGCUCCGUCGUCUUGCUAGAUUGGGAUUGUGCCGGCAUCAUGGUUAUCAGGUGAAUGAUAUUAUGGCUAAAUGGGUGACUGUCCUUCACUGUAUCGAGCAUGUCUACCAGCCCUAUAAAGAACGACUGGAAACGUCGCUUCAAGUCUCCAAUUCAUUCCUGAAAGAGGUGAAUAAGUGUAAAAGCCUGCUUAGAGUCAAGGAAGAUUCUGUCAAGGCUCUUCCUGUGAUACUUCGCCGACAUAUCAGCAACAAGGCACAAUUGGAGAAGGAAUUAGUGGCGAGUCAAGCGACUUACGCACAGCUGCUGAAGGAUCAAGGGAUGCUCAAAGACCAAAAGGAAGAAAACUGUCGACUCAUUGCCAAGAACUUUCGCCUAUCAACUUUACUCAAGAGAGCCAAGGAAGAACAAGAACGCUACAAGAACCAGGAGACCAACCUAACUGCGGAAUGCGAGAAACUGCGCAAGCAGAAUGCAGAAUUUCAAGCAGAUAUCAACUCUGGGAAGGACAAGUAUAAUGAUCUACAAGAACAGGAACAGUCAGCAACUAUGGAGCUGAUGGCAACGACUACUCAACUGCAUAAAGCUCAGUCUCUCAACCUGGGCUUGGAAAACAAUAAGAAGACCUUGCAGUCAGAGAUCAGCAUCCUAAAACAGGAGGUGGGGGGAUUGAACAAUAAGAAUACCUCCAUCACCUCCCAGCUUGCAAGUACUGCAGCUUCUCUGGAGACAGUGACAGAGGAGCUGUGUGCCACUCAUAAAGAGAACAUGGAAUUUCAUAAUGAGCUCAUAACUGCAACUAGAGAGAUUAUAGAGCUACGCAGUACGAUCAGCCAGCUAUCAACUCCAGUAUGGUACAGAGUGAUACAAUGGAUUAAGCAAAAACUCUCAGGUCUCAGGCAUUUGCAGAACCCUGGCAAGGAAGUGUCAGAUGCAGAGGAGGGAGUGGCGCUGGCCCCAACCAUCACAGGCAGUGAUGCAGGACUGUCUUGA